UGGUUUUUGUCGCGGUUGUUGUUAAUGCCCGAACGAACGUGAGGGGCGCGAUCCGGUUGAGGUUUUCAACACACGGAAAUGCCGGCUUAUCGGGUGUCGAAUACUUUUGAGUAAAGGUCGCUGAUUUCCACCCCCCGGGGAAGAAGUCCCCACCCGCUUCCCCCCUUAGCCAAGGGAUUCCGCCCUAUCCCGACCGCCCUUCGCUCCGUUUCCCUCGGCGCCUCACGAGGCUUCCUGUCGGCCUCGAGAGAGGCAAGUUGGUUGGAGCUCCCCGGCACCUGAGGAGACCUCUGCGGGAGGCCUGUCAGUAGCGAAGGGGACGAGGAGGAGGAGGAGAAGACGCCACCAUCAUGUUUUCUUUCAAUAUGUUCGAUCACCCAAUCCCCAGAGUGUUCCAGAACCGCUUCUCGACUCAGUACCGCUGUUUCUCGGUGUCCAUGCUUGCUGGACCUAAUGACAGGUCAGAUGUGGAGAAAGGCGGGAAGAUAAUUAUGCCACCCUCUGCUUUGGAUCAACUCAGCCGGCUUAAUAUCACCUAUCCUAUGUUGUUUAAACUGACAAAUAAAAAUUCCGACCGGAUGACGCACUGUGGCGUGCUUGAGUUUGUGGCCGACGAAGGCAUUUGUUACCUUCCACACUGGAUGAUGCAGAACUUGCUCUUGGAGGAAGGGGGCCUGGUGCAGGUAGAGAGUGUCAACUUGCAGGUGGCAACGUACUCCAAAUUUCAGCCGCAGAGCCCUGAUUUCCUUGACAUCACCAACCCCAAAGCAGUAUUGGAAAACGCUCUCAGAAAUUUCGCUUGCCUGACCACCGGAGAUGUUAUAGCCAUCAACUACAAUGAAAAGAUCUACGAGCUUCGAGUGAUGGAGACGAAACCCGACAAAGCUGUGUCCAUCAUAGAGUGUGACAUGAAUGUGGAUUUUGAUGCACCCUUGGGUUACAAAGAACCAGAAAGACAGACACAGCACGAGGAAUCCACAGAUGUGGAGGCAGACCAUAGCGGCUACGUGGGUGACCUGGGAUUCCGUGCCUUUUCAGGAUCUGGGAACAGGCUGGACGGGAAGAAGAAAGGCGUCGAGCCAAAUCCUUCUCCAAUUAAACCAGAAGACAUUAGAAGAGGGAUUCCCAACUAUGACUUCAAAAUUGGCAAGAUCACAUUCAUCAGAAAUUCUCGGCCGCUGGUCAAGAAAGUAGAAGAAGAUGACUCUGGAAGCCGCUUCAUUGCCUUUUCUGGAGAAGGCCAGUCACUCCGCAAGAAAGGAAGAAAACCGUAGCUCCCGGAACCAGGAGUUGGUCGGGAAGAAUAAAAUAACACUGCAGCGUUCCUGACUUAUUUUAGCUUUUCUUUUGUAAAAGGACGUUGUAUUGGGGGGGGUGGCGGCACUCUUGUUCAUAUGCAACAUAAGGACAUUCUAAUCUGGUUCUGCACUUUCAAAUGAAGUGUGGUUCAGUAGGUUUUACUUAGUAGAACAUUGUAAGUUGCGUGUUGAUGAAGACAACUCUGGUAACACUGAGCAGCAGAGACACGAAAAGAAUGUGGAUUUCUGAAGGCUGUUUUUGAUUUAUGGCAGCAACGGGUUCUUGAAUAAGUUGCUUUCUUGUAUAUUAACUUCCCACACUUGGAAAAUAGGCGUGGCUUCCUUACAGUUUAGGGCAGGGUUUUGGAAGCCUUGUGGGCAACCUUCCAGGGCCCGCAUGCCAGUGUUGGGCAGGGCCAGAAGCAAAAUGAACAUGUAUGAAUGACUGGUUUUUGUACUCUGAAUGCCUUUGUAUGCCAGAACAUCCAGCCAUUUGAUACCUGACCUGUACUGUGAAGUGUUACAGCUCAGGUGCAGGUUUCUUAGCUAGAACUAGAUGAAAUAAAAUUAGUGGUUUACAUGUAUGUGGAA